GGUCCCAAAAGAACCUUGAAUUUUGGAAUUCACACCGUUUUCCGUUCCUCUUUUAUCUGUCAGAAUCAUGAUUCCCAACAAUUAAGAUUAAUCAACUUCAACUCAACCAUGUAAGUUCUAACUACCACACUAUCCUACAACUCUUCACUAAGCUAAACAAAUUUCAAUAAUCAUUCUUAUUUUAUCUUUAAUUGUUUUUACAUUCUAUGAUUUGGGUUGAAUCUCAAAACAACCAAAGAUUGCAUCUUUCUUCAAACCAAAUAUCAUCAUCACUUUGAACAAAUGUAUUGGGUUCUUCUGAAUCUUCUGCUCUUUCUAUGUUGUUCUUUUGACUACAAGAAACAAUUAGAAUGAGAAUGACCCCUUCAAUUAUCUUCAUCAUAGUAAUUUUAGCUAUUGUGUUUUUCAUCUCUGGUGUCCUCCAACUGUUUGUUAGAUUUCUCAUACGAAAAAGAUCUUCUUUAAGAGCUUCACAGUCCAGUAAUAAUGGCAACCCUCAAAUGUCUGAACCUGAUCCUUAUCAGAGACAGUUGCAACAGCUCUUCAAUCUUCAUGAUUCGGGUUUAGAUCAAGCUUUCAUUGAUGCUCUACCGGUUUUUAUGUACAAGGAGAUAAUAGGUUUGAAAGAGGUGUUUGAUUGUGCUGUUUGUCUUUGUCAGUUCACUGAGCAAGAUAUGUUGAGAUUGUUGCCUCUUUGUAAUCAUGCUUUUCAUAUUGAUUGCAUAGAUACAUGGCUUCUUUCUAAUUCAACUUGUCCUCUUUGUAGAGGGAGUCUUUAUGAACAUGGAUUUGCUUUCGAAAAUCCGGUUUAUGAUGAAUUCGAGAGCCUUAGUGAAGAGAAUAUGGUUGUUGGUGAGGGUAACUCUGUUAACAAACAUGCAGAGAAUCAUAUAAUGAGUGGGAAAAGGGUUUUUUCUGUUAGGCUUGGGAAAUUUAGAAGCUCAAAUAAUGGAGAAGGGGGUGUGGAAAAGGGUGAAGGAGAGUGUAGUAGUGAAAGUGUUGUUGGUGAUGUUAGGAGAUGCUUUUCAAUGGGUUCUUACCAAUAUGUAGUUGCUGAUUCAGAUUUGGUAGUGGCUUUGUGUCCAAAGAGAGGUGAAGGAAGAGGAAAGAGUGCUAGUAUGAGACAAUUGAAAGGAGGGCUUGCUCAAAAUGGGAAUUGUUCCAUUGAUGUGGAUGUUGUUGAAGGGAAAAAGAUGAAUGUUGCUAGGAAAGGUGAAAGCUUUUCUAUUUCAAAGAUUUGGUUGUGGUCUAGGAAGGAUAAGGUAUCAAGUUCAUCACAAUCCCAUUUGGUUAAUUCUAAUGUCACUUCAACUUUGCCAUGGAUGAAUAGAGAACUCAAGGAAGCAACUUAGUGGUUAUGUGUUUUAGACAACUUUCAAAUUUUCAGAGUUCAUUCUUUGAACUCCUUUUGUCCCUUCAUACUACUAAAAUUUUCCUCUUUUAUUGGUUAUAUACUUGUAAAUUAUGUCAUAUACAUCUAAUUAAGCUAUAUCCUUUGAAUGAGAAUAGUUCUUGAGUGUGUGUAUGUUGUAACUUUUUAUUGGAUAGAUAAAUAUAAGUAUAUGUUAGUUGUUUAAGUUAGUAUUUUACACUUCAUGAAAGUUUGAACUCUGAUCUUUUAACUCCUUUGACUCCGAUUACGGCGCGUUAAACAAGUUGAGUUAUCCAACCCUCCAUUCCUACAAAGAUUGUCAAAAUCAAGCAUAUGUUUUGCUCUUAUGGUGUUCUUGGAAAUUCUAGUUGAAAGAGGUUAUGAGGAAAAUGAAAACAAGAGUGAGAAGGUGGACCCUUGAUGCCACUAUGAUGUAAUGUUUUAUUUGUGUUACAAAAGUAGCAUUUUUAAAAGCAAUUACUUGCAAUGAGUAGGGAGAUUAAAGUGAAGUCAAAAUUGGGAGUUGCUUUUUGGAUGCUUUGGUUUUCUUUAGAAGCUUUCUUGAUUUACUUAAACCCAUGAGCUUAAAAGAAGUUGAAGAAAAACAAAAGGUGGGCCAUUGAUGCCAUAAUGAUGUAAUGUUUUAUUUGUAUGACAAAUGUGACAUUUUUUUAGCAAUUGCUUACAUUGAGUAAGAGAUUAAAGUGAAGUCAAACUAGG